AUGAAUGAUAGCAAGCUAGUUUCAACACCACUGUGUCCAAAUACUAAACUAUCACUUAAUUGUACCUCAGAAGCAGUUCCAUCCACACUUUAUAGGUCUAUCAUUGGCAGCCUACUCUAUCUCACAGCUUCCAGACCUGAUAUCAUGUACUCAGUAGGAUUGGUAGCCAGAUUUCAAAGUAAUCCCAAAAUGUCUCAUCUCCAGGCUGCCAAACGCAUUCUCAGAUAUGUUAAGGGCACAAUCUCUUAUGGUCUCCAUUACAUUUUUCCUCCAAAAAUGACUAUAGCUGCAUUUUCAGAUGCUGAUUGGGGUUGUUCCUUACCUGACAGAAAGAGCACUUCUGGUUACUGUUACAUUCUUGGCUCUAAUAUAGUAUCUUGGCUUAGCAAAAAACAAGACACAGUCUCUCUCUCUACUUCAAAAGCUGAGUAUAUUACUGCUUCUCAAGCUGCCUCUCAACUACUUUGGAUGCAGUCUACUUUGACAGAUCUUGGCCUUCAAUUCUCCAUGCCUCCCAAGCUCUUUUGUGACAAUCAAAGUGCAAUUACAAUCAGUAAAAAUCCCACAUGGCAUUGGAAAAGCAAGCAUAUAGAUAUCAGGUAUCAUUUUCUCAGAGACAAGGUUCAAAAAGGGCUGAUUGACAUUACUUAUCUCCCAACAGAAGAUCAAAUUGCAGAUAUCAUGACUAAACCUCUUCUUCCUCACAGAUUUUUAACCCUUUGA